AUGAUACAAGAAGGCCUACACCCCUCUCCACUCUGCAGCCUCCAGUGGAAUGAUCAGUGUGGUCAAGUACCUCCUGGACCUUGGUGUGGAUGUGCUGAGAUCGACUGUGAAGAAAAGAAUGGAAACACACCUCUGCACAUCUCUGCUCGCUACGGCCAUGAGUUACUCAUCAAUACACUCAUCACGAACGCAGCUGACACAGCCAAGCGAGGCGUCCAUGGGAUGUUCCCCCUCCACCUGGCUGCUCUCAGUGGGUUCUCUGACUGCUGUCGGAAGCUCCUCUCAUCAGGCUUUGAUAUAGACACCCCUGACGACUUUGGAAGGACCUGUUUACAUGCUGCAGCAGCUGUUGGGAACCUGGACUGUCUGAAUCUGCUGCUCAAAACAGGGGCAGACUUCAACAGAAAGGACAGCUUCGGAAGGAGUCCUCUGCAUUAUGCGGCAGCCAAUUGUAACUACCAGUGUCUGUUUGCCUUGGUGGGGUCUGGGGCCAGUGUGAACGAUCUGGAUAAAAGGGGUUGCACCCCGCUCCACUACGCUGCUGCCUCCGACACAGACGGAAAGUGUCUGGAAUAUUUGCUGCGAAACGACGCUAACCCAGGGAUCAGGGACAAUCAGGGCUACAACGCAGUCCAUUACGCGUCUGCGUACGGACACCGCCUCUGUCUGGAGCUGAUUGCAAGUGAAACACCUUUAGAUGUGCUAAUGGAAACCUCAGGGACAGACAUCCUGAACGACUCUGAUGUCAGAGCUCCCAUCAGCCCCCUACACUUAGCUGCGUACCACGGCCACCACCAUGCUAUGGAGGUCCUGGUUCAGUCUCUGCUGGAUCUAGACGUGAGGAACAGCCAGGGGCGCACCACUCUGGACCUGGCUGCCUUUAAAGGCCAUGUGGAGUGUGUUGACGUCCUCAUCAACCAGGGAGCCUCCAUCCUGGUUAAAGACUUCACCCUGAAGAGGACCCCCAUCCACGCUGCAGCUACCAACGGUGAUUCGGAGUGUUUGCGUUUGCUGAUUGGAAAUGCUGACCUCCAGAGUGCAGUGGAAGUUCAAGACGGGAAUGGACAAACCCCUCUGAUGCUGUCGGUGCUGAGCGGACACACAGACUGUUUGUACUCACUGCUCAACAAGGAAGCCAGCGUAGAAGCCAAAGACAAGCGGUGA